AUGAAUUGGCAACCUCAGCAAGAGCCAUUGAGGCAGCUGGCUGGCUACCUUCGCGAUUCGCUCAAUGGAAAUAACCUUCCAGCCCGAGCACAGGCUGAACAGAUGCUCGCACAAGCGACCUCUUCUCCUGAUUACGUCAAUUACAUCACCUACAUCUUUUCCAACCCGCAAGCUGCUCCCCUGGCAGGAAUUAACGAGAAUGAAUCCCCGACUGUUCGAUUUGCCGCCGCCGUAAACGUCAAGACAAAGAUUGCCCUUGCUUACAGCACGAUCUCCCCUCAAAGCCUGGCUUUCAUCAAAUCCGCGGCUCUGUUGACACUUCGCGACACCGACCGCAAUGUCUCGAGAGCUGCCGGUAACGUUAUCACUGCGAUGGUGCUUCACGGAGGCCUCUUGGCCUGGCCUGAGAUUGUCAAUGAGCUGUUGACUACUGUCGCUAAUUCCAACGGGGAUGUUCCCAUGUCGGCUAGGGAAGCUGCAAUGGAUGCGUUGUGCAAGGUCUGUGAGGACAACCGGAAGGUUUUGGACCGUGACUACCAGGGCCAACGUCCCUUGGACAUCAUCAUCCCCAGCUUGCUGCAGUUCACUUCGGUGGAGAGUUCGCGCAUUAAGAUUGCUGCUCUCAACGCCAUCCACGUUUUCUUGCCAUCCAGACCCCAGGCAUUGGUGAACUCGCUCGACCAAUUUCUUUCGCAGUUAUUCAGAAUUGCCGGUGAUGAAAGCACAACAGUCCGACAAAUGGUGUGCCAGUCGUUCUCCCAACUCGUGGAGACUGCGCCGGAAAAGUUGGCCCCGCAUAUGGAAGGAUUGGUCAACUACAUCAUCAUGCAGCAGCAAUCCCAGGACGACCCAGAGCUUGCACUUGACGCGGCCGAAUUUUGGAUUGGUGCUGGAGAGCAAGAGCGAUUGCAGGCCGAAUUGGCUCCAUACAUGCACAAGAUCAUCCCCGUUCUUCUACAAAACAUGAUCUACGAUGAGGACGAAGUGGCUCGACUAAUGGACGAGCAAGAUGAUGCCGAGACCGAGGACCGCGCUGAGGAUCUAAAGCCACAGUUUGCGAAAUCGAAGGGUGACCGUCUGAAUGUGUCCAAGCCCGGUGAACAGCCGGAAUCCUCCCGCGCGCUCGAGCAACAGACAGAGGAUGACGAUGACUUAAGUGAAGGUGAAAUUGAGGACUCGGAAUUCGGAGAUGAUCCCUCGGGUAACUGGACUUUGCGCAAGUGCUCUGCUGCUGCGCUCGAUAUUUUCUCUACAGUUUACCACCGUCCUGUCUUUGAAAUCCUUCUGCCGUAUCUGACGGAAACUCUGCGCCACGAGCAGUGGCCGAACCGAGAGGCCGCUGUUCUUACACUAGGUGCAGUGGCGGAUGGCUGUAUGGAUGCAAUCACUCCCCAUCUCCCAGAAUUGGUCCCUUAUCUCAUCUCACUCCUCAACGAUAACCAGCCUGUUGUGCGACAAAUCACUUGCUGGUGCUUGGCCCGUUAUUCCGGUUGGGCAGCUCAUCUCCGCGACCCAGCUCAAAAAGCCCAAUUCUUCGAGCCCAUGAUGGAAGGUAUACUUCAUCGCAUGUUGGACAACAACAAGAAGGUUCAAGAAGCUGCUGCGUCAGCGUUCGCUAGCCUGGAGGAGAAGGCGGAGGAUAACCUGGCGCCCUACUGUGAACCUAUCUUGCGCCAGUUUGUGGCGUGCUUCAAUAAGUACAAGGACCGCAACAUGUACAUCCUUUAUGAUUGCGUGCAGACGCUCGCCGAAUGUGUUAUGAGCGAGCUGGCAAGGCCACAUCUAAUCGAGAUCUUGAUGCCUGCCCUCAUCGGCCGCUAUAACUACAUUUCUGAUGAUUCCCGAGAGCUCUUCCCGUUGCUUGAAUGCCUCGGAUAUAUCUCUGGAGCCUAUGGCGAUGCCUUUGCCCAAUUCGCGCCGCCUCUCUUCGCGCGCUGCAUAAAGAUCAUUUAUGGAAACUUGCAAGCUUCCAUACAACCGACACACCCUGCGGCUGACGAGCCGGACAAGGACUUCCUUGUUACUAGCAUUGACCUUCUUAGUUCAAUCAUUCAGGCCAUCGACCCACAAAAGAGCGGCGAGCUCGUGAGUACCUCACAGCCAUCUUUCUUCGAGCUCAUGCGCUACUGCAUGCAGGAUGAAAACUAUGAAGUCCGUCAAUCCACCUACGCUUUGCUGGGAGACUGCGCCAUCAGCAUCUUCCCUCACUUGAAACCCUUCCUUCCCACCCUUAUCCCGGUUUUGAUUAAGCAGCUUGACUUGGACCUGAUUCGCGAUGACGAUCGUCAUACGGGCUUCAGUGUUUUGAACAACGCCUGUUGGUCGUGCGGCGAAAUCGCCGUCCACGAGAACGCCGGGCUUUCGCCCUAUGCGGAGCAACUGUACCAAGGGCUCUUUACGAUUAUCACUAACGAGGAAAUCAUCGAUUCGGUGAACGAAAACGCCGCGAUGGCGUUGGGACGAUUGGGAUUCUGCUGUGCGGACCAGAUUGCGCCCCAUUUGAGCGAGUGUUCCGGACCUUUCCUGAAGUCAAUGGACAAGAUUGACUUCACGCGCGAAAAGGCCUCUGCCUUCCUCGGAUUCAACCAGGUGGUGAUGAAGAACCCGCAGGCCAUGGAGUCGAGCCUACUCGACUACUUCCGGGCAAUUGCCUCGUUCCCCGCCCGCUCGCUGGCACAGGAAGAGUACCGGGAUAUCCAGGCGUCUUUCCAGCAGGUCCUCCAGGGAUACAAGACCUUGAUCCCUGACUUCAGCAACUUCCUUGGCCAGCUAGCUCCAGCCGUGGCCCAGACACUACGCACCGUGUACCAGGUCUAA